AUGUUGAAAAAUAUUUUAAUCACCGGUACCAAUCGAGGUAUCGGUUUUGGUAUUGUGAAGCAUCUUGUUUCAAACUCAUCAAAUGUUGAACAUAUUUUUGCCGGUUAUCGUGAUGCUAAUAAAUCUAAAGAAUUGUUAGAUUUAGCGAAACAACAUUCGAAUGUGAUUAUUCCAAUUCAAAUUGACGUUACUGAUGAUGAAAGUGUUAAUAGGGCAAAAGUUGAAGUCGAAAAGAAAUUAGGCAAUAAUCAAGGUCUCAAUUGUUUAAUAAAUAAUGCUGGUGUAAGUAAGAAUUUCAAAUUCAAUGAUAUUAAUGAAAAAGAUAUGCUUGAUACAUACAGACAUAAUGUUAUUGGAGUAUGGCGAGUCACAAAGGCAUUUUUACCUCUCUUAGAAAAAGCAGUUACUGGUGAACGAAAUGUUCUUCAAGCUAGUAUUAUUAAUUUAUCAACGACUAUGUCUUCAAUUACAAUAGCUUCAACUCUAUCUUAUUUUGCCUAUGAUUAUCAAUGUUCAAAGGCAGCAUUGAAUAUGUUUACUGUAUGUCUUGCAACAGAAUUGGCUGAAUCAAAUAUUUUUAUUGCUUUACUCCAUCCUGGAUGGGUACAAACUGAUAUGGGUGGUAAAAGAGCAUCAUUGAGUAUUGAUGAAGCAUCUAAAAAUAUUAUUGAUUGUAUAACUGCUAUGAAAAAUGAACAUCAUGGGAAAUUAAUUGAUUCUACUACUGGCAGUAAAUGUGAUAUACUUCCAUUUUAA